AUGACUCGUUUUGUUGAAAGUUUCAUAUUCGAUAAUAAUGAUGGUUUCUUCUCAAAUAUCAUUUCAUCAUCCGAUGAAGAUCAACAAAAUGAACGUGACAUAUCAAUAAAGAAAAAACUUUUAACUUCUUCUUCUACUUCAACAUUACUCGAUCGUAUUAAUAAACUUCGUAUAAAUACGAAUAUAACUUCUGACACGUAUUCAUAUGAUCAAACUUCAGAAAUUUAUGAUAAACGUAUGGCAAUUAUACAAAAAAUGCAACAAACUAAUGAUACGAUUGUUGAAAUGAAUGAAAAAAAACAAAAAUUCCUUAAAAAAUCACCAGUAAAAAAAUAG